AUGAACAGAGCAAUAUGGGUUGUUAGGCAUGCGGAAAGGGAGGAUAACGUGAACGAAAAUUGGGAGAAGUUACCAGGCGCUAGAGAUCUGAAACCGGAUAACACCAUGUUAAGCGAACGAGGACGUCAGCAGGCUAGGGAAUGUGGCGCGAGAUUUCGUGACAUCAAGAUCGCAAAUGUAUUUGCUUCUCCCUAUGACAGAACCAUCGAAACAGCUUCCACUAUUGUGGCAGGGAAAAAUCUAUUAGUCAAGGCAGAGCCAGGACUUUGUGAAUCGCUUCACCACUGCGAAGAUCCUCCAUCUUUCUGGGAUGUGGCUAAGCUCAAGCUGAAAUAUCCACUCAUAGAUGCUAAUUAUGCGCCGGUGUAUUCAAAGCGACAACUACCCAGGAUGGAAUUUGGAGAUCCAGCAUGUAUACCACGAAUUCGUUACACUAUCACACGACUUACACAAAGAUAUACAGAUGACCUCCUCUUUGUGAGUCAUGGCGGACCUAUCGCUUGCAUACACAAAAUUUGGCAUGAUCAGUAUAUCCAUGUUGGUCAGGCGACUAUCAGCAAGUUUGUUGAAGUGGAAAAAGGAAAGUUUCGCCUUGAAUUCUCUGGCGACUGCAGGCAUUUAUCUGACAGAACUAAUCUCAGACCGUAUUUGUAGAUUUG